GAAUAGUCGAAUGUUACCGACGGAAGGAACAGAAGGUGUCGAGAUGGAGGUCAUCCACGCCAGAGGGGGGUGGUUGGUGGUGACAACAACCGUGCGUGAACUGGUGGUGGUUGAUGACGACGGGAAAUGGGGGAGGGGCCGAGGCGGUGUCGCAGGGUCGGCGAUUGCGACGGAACAAGGAAGGGAGAAAGGAAGAGAAAGAAAAGAAAGGGGAAAGAAAUAAAGAAGAGGAAAAAGAGAAAAGAAGAGAAGAGAGUACACGGAGAGAGAUACCCUCCGUGAGUGAGACUUACCGUUAAAACAAACCCUCACAGAGGGAAAAGGGAAGAGAAGAGGGAGAGAGAGAGAGAGA